GUAUUUUCAUUAGAUGAAAACAACAAUCAUUCAUUGUUUAAAUAGACUGAUAAUGAUCAUCAGUUUAAAUAAAUGAAUCUUAGCGUAAAUGAUUUUGUGCUUAACUGUUUAUUCAUCAAGUAAUGAUGACUGGAAAAGGUUAGUUAAGGUAAAUCAAGUUGAAAGCUGUCAAUUGAUUUGGCCCAAUUCAGGAUCUACCUUUAGUAACAAGUAAUAGUAGGAGAAGAAAGGGAAAAUAGAAUGUUCAUCUUUACUUUAUAAUUAAGGCUGUUUUUAUAAGGUAAAAGUAGGAAAACAGUUCACCUAAAUAUAGCUACUAUUUUUGAUUCACAUUAUGAUGAUAAACUUAAAUUGAAGUCAAUGGUUGAUUCAACAGACUGGUAACCGGUCUGCAAAAGUACUCAAACAACACACCAAACGGGACACUAACGGUUGUCUUCUUAAAUUACUUUUACUUGUGUUUUUAUCCAAUUACAUGGCUUGUGAAUGUUGGUUUACAUGAUUUGGUGAAAUCUGGUAUUGUUUGGCAAAACUGUCGAGUUAACUUUACGCUGGUCAUUAUGAAUAUUUCACAUUUAUAUCAACUUUUAAUUUUCACCAUUUUCUUACAAUCAACAUGUUCAAUUAUAAUCACAAGUGUUUACGCUGGCCGAAAAAAGUUCAAAACAUUUUCCUUCGAUUUUCUUUUACCACCGAUUGUCUUGGAAAAGGCAAAUAAACUCGGUUUUUCAUUUAAUGGCCAUUGGAGACUACAGAAGCCCAAUUUUAAGAUUAAAUUCAAUAUGCCACUCAAGUUUCCUAUCCACAUGAAUUACGCCAAUAAUUAUGAUGAGAUUGAUGAAAGUGGAGCACCACCAGCAUCUGAUUAUAAUGGACUAGGAAUGCCUGAUUCAAGUUCCUACGAAAACGAUGGUUCACCAAGUGAAGCAAACGGUAAUGGGGAAUACAAUCAACAAUAUCAAUCAGCUGAAGCUGAAAAUGGCAAUGAAGGUAAUGAUAAUGGUGACCGAUUGCCGGAAUAUAAUGAUAAACCUAAAAUGAAGGGGCCAAUAAUUACUUUACAUGGUAAACUUCCUGAAGAUAUGAAAAACGAACCAAUUUAUCAAUCUUCUAACAGUUUGCCGAGUGGAGCCGAUAAAAUACCUUAUACUGGUAAAGCUCAAGUUAGCUCUUUCAUUGACAACGGUCAAUUUAUCAAUGCUCAUCAAACCAAUAUAGUCAUGAAAAAUAAUGAGCCUCCUAAAAAUGGUGAUGGUUUGGUUGAUGAAGCUUUUGAAGAUCAAUUGGAAGGCGCUUAUGGUAAAACAGGAGCUUCCUCACCAUCAAUUGUACCCAACGAACGUGAAUCAGCAUCCACCAAAGGGGACACUGGCAAUCAAUCAGAUGAAGGUUCACGACGAGAAGACAUUAGACGGUCAAAAAUAGUUGGACCAUUAAUGGUUGCCAAAAAAGUUAAAAUGUUGAAGAUUCCUUUGUAUGCUAAAAAAUUAGCUCUCAAUGAUUAUUCAAAGAUUCACACAGUCAGAUUGGGCUAUAAAGGUGCUCCAGCUGAAAGUAGUUUCCUAACUCAAUUCGAAGCCACUCCGGAUGCUGUUCCAUUAUCGCUACCACGUUCCAAAUAUAGUAAUUACUAUUCAUCACUUUCCUUUACUAAUGGACUUCAUGGAAUCCCUUAUGAACCUGUUGGUUUUGGUCCUCUUGGCACUCUUAAAUGGAUAUCCAGAAUGUUCAAUAAACCAGGAAUAGUGGUUCCACCAGUUCAAUAUAAAUUACCAUCAAAACACAUAAGCUUGGGUUAAUUCCUUUCCAUUUGGUUGAUUAGUCUGAAAGGUUGAUUGUGAAAGUAACUCAAUUAGACAUUACACAUUAUUUUUUUCAUAAUUUUCAAUUUUCACAUGUCCUCAUAUUCAUCUUUAUCAAUUCAUUUAAGAUCUUUAUCCUUGAUCUUUAUCCCAAAACCACCGUCAUAAUACCAAGAUAUAGCCAUAUAUUAAUAAAAGUCAGUCUCUUAUGAAUAAAUUGAC